CCGCCACCAUGGACGCGAUCAAGAAGAAGAUGCAGGGAAUGAAGCUGGAGAAGGACAACGCGAUGGAUCGCGCGUUGCUCUGCGAACAGCAAGCUCGUGACGCGAACGCGCGAGCGGAAAAGGCUGAGGAAGAGGCGCGCGCCCUGCAGAAGAAGAUCCAGACUAUUGAAAAUGAACUCGAUCAAACUCAAGAGGCUCUCAUGCAGGUUAAUGCUAAGCUCGAGGAGAAAGACAAGGCGUUGCAGAACGUGACUCUCACAUCGACCACGAGACGUCGCGGUCAUCAACAUCAUCCGCGACACGCUACGCGCCGACGUCUCGAUACUUCCAGCAGAGGACCCGCGCAGUGUGGCCCUGCUGAUAUCGUUAAAGGUACACCGAUUGGAAGCAACGAAACACCAACGACUACAACGUCAUCGAGGCUCGACGAAAAAAGCAAUGUCAUCGGUACCGUGCGUUCGACUGCGGUGACAGUGCCCACGAUCGUUGGCGCGAGGUGGCUCCGAGAUCAUCCGACGGUCACCGCCAAUGCGAAAGACGCAUCGUCCAACGAAAACAGCGAAAAGAUCAAGAAAACGAAGCUCGAAGACGAUGAGAGAGAGAAGAACGUCCGACAUAGGCUCGCGCAGUGUAGCCUGGAUGUUCUCGGUGACCAACGCGAACAAUUCGUUCGCGACAACAGACACGAGAACCAGGUCUUUGACAGCUACGAGACAGAGCAUGCAUCGACCGAGAGGUCUCGAACGAAACCACGUGGGAACAAGUCCGACGACGAGACGAAAAGCAAAGAGAACUCGCCGGAGCCUGAGCACGCGGUCGCGAGGGCUCGCGGUGACGGGAACUCCGACGACGAGUCGACGAACGUCGAGGAGGAUCCGGAACUCGCUGAACUUGCUAAGCUCAGAUGUCCCAGCGAAAGAACCGAGGUGCAAGCUGAAAGAGAGGCAAGAAGAAGAAAGAGAUGCGCCGAUUAUCCCGGAUUAGCCUUCGGAUGGUCCAUAUUCUCCAGCGACACGAUGAUGAAAUUCGGCCUCAUAAGGAACGAAUUGCAGAAUAUUAUGGGCAACCAACUGAAACGGGUCAUGCAAGGCACCCUUCUUGACGUGCUCAAGAAGAAGAUGAGGCAGACCAAGGAAGAAAUGGAGAAGUACAAGGAUGAAUGCGAGGAGUAUCAGAAGCGGCUGCAGGUGGAAGUGAUACGCCGCGAGGAAGCUGAGUCCGAAGUAGCCGCCCUGAAUCGUCGUAUCCAAUUGCUGGAGGAGGACCUCGAGAGAUCGGAGGAACGUCUCGCAACGGCCACUGCUAAAUUGGCAGAGGCGUCGCAGGCUGCGGAUGAAAGCGAACGAUACGAGAUGACUGAGACGACAUUUUCAACAUCUGCUUGUUGCCUACCCUGCGAGAUGGUAGCUUAAGUUGCAGAUGAGAUAAUUUCCAGUGACCUGAACUUAUUGUAAAGAAGAUGAAUUUCAUCGAAUCGUGUUACGAGAAAGUUUUAACAAGAAACAAUAGAAAUCAAUGAAACAGCUCUUGUAGCAAUUAGAAGAUCGUGAUUUCUAAUAAAUAUAGCCUGUAACUACGAUUUUAGAAUUCUUAGAAAAUUCGUGAAGAAGCUCUUUACAAUAACUUCAAUGAUCGGUAUUAAUUCUUUGACUGCUAGUCUUCUUUCUUCGAUAUUUUAUAUUUAAUUUAUUCGAAUCAAAACAUCCGUGGCAGUCAAGGAGUUAACUUUUCUAAACGCGAAGAUGGUCGUCCGAUACUCUACAAAAAAAAAAUCCCGCAAAACUAACCGGCCGUACGUUAGAAGAAAUCGAGUUGAAGGAGCGAGUAUCCUCGGACAAACUUACAUAUUUUCUCGCGUCCAGAUCUAUUCUUAAAUAAUCGUACAAUCGUUGCAUUGUAAUGUUUCGCGGUUAAUGCCGUGCCAAAUAUAGAUCUGAGACCAGUUAUAUUCACGUGAUAAACAAACCCAAGCACGGACAUGAUUGCAAGUGCAAAUCGAAGGCCGCCGGUGUGCCAGUAAUUACCGGUAAUUUUACCAACCGUGCAUUUUCGUUAUUACAAUCUGCGUAAAGUGGCUGCUUAAUUAUCGAUGAAUCAGUUUCAGAUAGUGACGCAACUAUUACGCGAGCAUUUAACACUAAACGUACCAAAUGACUCCUUUUCAAAAUUUA